AUGGCGAUAAAUGGCGGUAGCUUGGAGGAUUGCUUCUCCAAUGUCUAUGCCUUGACUGAGUUGAACGGCCUGAAGUGGCGUUGUUUUUUGACACCGUCAAAUGCGCCUCGUGGAGUUCCCGUUCAAAGCGACCCCAUUCUGAAAGCAUACGGCAAUUGUCUGCGGGACGGAUUGAUAUGUACUUGGCGACGAAAGCCUUUGGAAUUGAAACCGAACGAACCGCUUCCACUUCCUUCGUUCACAAAUGAAAUUUCGAAGGAGCUAUGGCUCUUCUGGUACUCCAACGAACCUCCUGAAAAACUUUCCGUUAACACUUCACAUCUUGAUGCUGACAACAAUGGAGUUGGUACUGCUGCAAAUGGCAUCAAUUAUGAGGUACGGGUGCUGUUGUUCCAAGCGUUGCAUACGAUGAUUGAGCGAAGUAUGGCUCUUGAUGGAUUUGUCCGUUUUGGCCGCUGGUUUACUCGUCCUCUUCGACAACCGCUACCAGGAAGGCAUCAUCUCCUGCCUCAUUAUAUAAUGGCUACAAACGUCCAGUUUUUUGUACAUGGGGGUAACACAGUAUGUAUGACAGUGAACGCUCAACGACAACCGCCGCUUUUGCGCCUAUCAAAGCGUCAUCUGGAGUGCGGCAAAAGGGUUCAAGUGGUUGUCGGUCCGUGGUCACUUCGUGCUGUCUUACUACCACGCGAAACCGAAGUUGGUCGAAAUCAGCCCAGCGCGGAAAAACAAUGGGAAGAAUGGAAAGAAUUUGUUCCUUCUCUUGCUCAAGAUAUUGAUGAUGCUGAUGACGAAGCUAGGGACGAAGGAGUUCCACGCAUGGUUCCAGUUGAGAUCGAUGGUAUUCGUAUGUUGUACCCAUCUUGCUACGUCUGUGUGACCAUGGAAGAUGAUGCCGCAUCCUGUUCCAAAGACGAACCUGUUGCUCCCUCUAUGACUCCAGAUGAACUGAUAGCUCCUGAUAAUGGUCGCCGGAACCAGCUCUUGGUGUCGAAUGCUAAUGGGCACUCGUACUUGCAAGGAGUUCUCCAAAAUGCGUACCUGACUCCAUCGCGUGCCCAGCCAGCUCCUGCACCUCCACCACAAGUAGGACCCUUCCAGGCACCCUUUCCGCCUCAAUCGGAUGAUGACACUAGGUGGAAUUUCAUUGAUCCAAGCAAAAAUGACUCUUGUUCCUGCGAUAAUUGCACCCAUCAACCUUCGGCUGAGUACUGGGCAUCUUUGGAAAAGGAGCCAGAAUUAGACUGCCCCUUGGCAGCUCCCAUUAAAGUGGCGCAAAGGCCUGGCAUGGUGAAGACUAAUCCGCUUUGCACUGUGAUGAAGAAGCAAAGCAAGCGGAGAACAAAACACUCAUACCAUCGUCGAUUUCCACUGAAGUCGGACCCAGUUGAGGAAAGCGUUUCUCCAACAGAAUCAGUUGGAAGCGAACAGGACACAUCCGAUGACGACACCAAUGGGAUUCCUUCCUGGGCCGACACCGACAAGCAAAGCCUCGUUACUGGUAUUUAUUGCAGCCCCGAUGACGCAUGCUAUCAUUUUGGUGUAGCUACGCCCUCCAAUUCGAGUGACGAUGAAAAUCUUGCUUGCAGCCCAUUCACCCCAAUUAAGGUCGUUUCGCCUUGUACAAAUUGUCCAUGGCCAAGUGCACCAGCAGAUCAAAUUCCGGAGGAUGUGUUUAAUCAGAUUUUCCAACCUAGCAGCACAUCCCGGGUACCCCCAACCGCUAGCCAAGAAGAGCGCCAACGUGAUUACAACUGUUAUUACAACCCGACAUUGCGGGAAGAUCCGUACUACAUGUCCUAUCAUAGUCGACGGUCUGGGGAGAAACGACGUUCCAGCUAUCCCCCUAGCAUUAAAAUACCCGCUAGUCCAGAGCAGCCUGGCAGCCAAGAAACUAUCCCAGCAACCACUUCCCCUCCUCCUGAAUUAGAAGAACAUCGUAGAAGGAUCCCAGAAUCGGAUCCGACUGUGUCCAUGACUCGGACUACGGCUGAGUUGGAUUUGAAAAACAAGCCCGAUGUUCAAGUAUCCACAAAGAAGAGAUCGAGGAAAUCUAAAGGAAAUAUCGAGUGGCCUGAUUUGGAUACUCUUGAUAUGGCUUUGCUGUCGACAACUAUGGGAGAAGAAAUGGAAGCCCGAGUAUCACCUUAUGCCGGUCGCGUCACCCCUACUUACGACAGUGACUCUGAUCUUGAAGUGGAGGAGCAGAUCUCAUCGAUUGAUGGCGACGAAACGAGAGCGAUUGGGGAGGGUCCGUCUGGGUUGAAUCCAGUACCUGGUCCUUUUGAUUCUACUCAAGGUUCAUCUCUUGAUGCUAUGGAGAUAGAUGAAGCAGUGGCAGGGAUUCCGACGGAUAACAUCAGUUUACUUUCUCCUCCAGCAAGCAAUGAGAGGCCGGAGGGAUAUGCAGCGAUGUCAAUGAACUACGGAGGUUGGCCGCGAAUAGGAGGUCCACCUUCUUGUGGAGAUCCGUCGAUGAAUCACAUUUAUCCCACUCCACCUAGUGUACAAUCUGAAGCACAACAGUUCAGUCCAGCUCCUAUGUUGCCGCCUCAUCAACAGUAUGCUAUGCAACAUCAACAUCAAAGCAUGCCUUCAAUGCAACAGGCAAGCACUGUGGACCCUUCAUUGUUCUCAACAACAAUAACAACAAAUCAUCAGCAAAGCGCACAACAAGCAGCUCCAUUGUCAGUGAGUAUGGAGACGAAACCAGAGGUAAAAACCACUCUUGAAAAAGAGAAUAUCUCCGAGGAUUCUGAUGACUCCAAAGAUGAAGUUAUUGAUCUGGUCCCGUCUGAGAGCAAAAUGAGCAAACUCUGGAGACGCAUAGAGCUACUUCCGGUAAAUGGUCACGUUCGGAAAAAGUUUGUCCCAUCUUCGACGAGAUUCAGCCCAGCAGCGGAUGUUAGAGUUCUCUGUGCUACUCUUACGACUCGUAGAACACCACUACACAUGCCUCCUGACUACCAAAAACUAGUUCGACUUAUGGAAAAGCGAGUGCCGAAACAUGUUGAUGGACUGUUUUCAACGCAGUUCUCUUCUUCAAUUUCAUCUGCUCCGUCUCAAGUGCCGCCCGUUUCCGUAAUGUCAUUUCCAAAUCCGAACAACUACAAACCCACAUUUGGGCCAAUUACCGGUGGUAUGACACAGAACCCUCCACAUAUGCAGAUGCAUUCAAUGCAGCCGCCUCAGUCUCAUCACAUUCAACAGUUUCCGGCUUCUCAGAUUCGUACACCACCUAUGAUGGGUGGACGCAUGGGGACUCCUGUAGGGCCUGGUCCUGGGCCCAUGGGACCGCCAUAUGGACCCAGCUCUGGUCCUUACGGUCAAAUGAUGCCACCACCGAACUCUGUUCAGCAGCUGAACAACUUUGUCCACGGGCCCAUGUUUAACACAGCUGCAGGCCAAAUGAAUCCCCACCACCCUAUGGGUAUGGGUCCUAUGGGACAACCAAUGGGCCAACCCAUGUAUCCAGGUGCACCUGGACAGAUGCCAAUGAUGCAACCAUGCAGCACCAGUGGAUACGGUGGACCGCCAAUGAUGGGUGGUUACGGACCUACAGGUCCGAAUAUGAUGGGCCCACCGCAUCCCAAUGCUCCACCUGCUUACCCAGGUGCUCCCGGUCCUCCUCCACCCUAUGGAUCAAUGAAUCAAAUGCAACCGAUGCAGCCCCCUCAUAUUCGUCAGAUGCAGAUGAACUCGAUGCAGCAGAUGAUGCCAUCGCAAUCACCUAUGCCAAUGAUGAACUCUUAUGGCACGACUGGACCGGGACCAGCAGGAGGUGGAAUGCAGAUAGCAACUCAACCGCCGCGAGAAGUUAUUGUUCCAUACGCAGAAGGUUCCAGCGUUGUACUGGCAAUUAUACUACAAGACACGAUACUCGAUUUGCACUUUGAUUCUGUCUUUGAUGCUUGUCCUAUUUGUUCAUGCAACACAUCUAUACGGGCAAGAGAGCUUGGAUUGUAUCUAACCCCACCUGAUCCGUUGCGAAUGCCCUCACAUGUACAACAAACACAGAUUGGUUCAUGGAGCGGGUUUGCUUUAGCUGAGGGAAAUCCAUGUACUUGUGGAUUUAGUGCCGUUCGACAUCGUUACUUAUCGCUGUGUUCUGGACUGUUUCCUGAAGAUUCACGGGAAGCAACGGCUAUAGAACAUUCCGUCGCACCCGUCAAUGGAUUAGGAGCAGAAGUUGGUUUGCAGACGAGCAGCCAAAUGUGGUUCGAUUCGACAAGUUCUACCGAUGUGAAUAUGCUAGAUUUACUCCGAAUUAUGUGUCAGCAACAUUACGUGGGUUUCAUGGUCCAUCAAAUAGCUCAGUUUGUAGAGCAAGCCGAGAAGGCGAUUAAGCCUCAAGAAGUUGGCUUCGAUGUGUCCAGCAACGCCGAGUACGUCUUGUCACAGGUUGAUGCUACAGAGCUAAUGUUGAUUGGCAACUCUGCUGCCGAAAUGUCAAGAAUUAGUGGAAAUCGAUCGAGGAGUACAAAUCAGCCGAUUUUACAGUUUUUCCAUCCCUGGGGGUUGCAGGUUGCAAAUGAGGUCCGAGAUCCUCGAGAAGCGGAAUGGCGAGGACUGCUCUCAGAAAUUGGUCCUAUCCUGGAAAGAGCAAUGAGAGUUGUUAGGUGCAUGCAUGGAACACCCGGUAACAUCGUAGAAGGACCGUUAACUUGGCGUGCACUGACCAGUAAAAGUCAGCACAAACAUUCGGCAAAUCAUGACGAUGAUAUAAGCCAGCCGGAACCGAUCCCAUAUAUAAAUGUUGCUGCAGAGAAAGAUGCGAUCAGAGCUUCACCCCAUGUUGUACGUCAUUGGGAGCACUUGUCACUUGGACCUAUCGACCAACCAAAGGAUGUGCUGUACCUCACUGUGGUGCCAGAUAAUUCAGACGUCUGCGCCAUGGCAACGAAGUACAUGGAACAAUUGAGCCAAAUGUAUGAAAGAAUGCGCUUGGGACGUCAUAUUGCCUGGCCCAGUGGAGGUGAUGGACGUGAUGGAUGUGUGAAAGUAGGCAGCCGAACACAAAGUGGUAAAUAUCCAACGGAGACCACCACACUCGACUUCCUCAACCUCGUUGGCAGAUAUGUGGACAACAAGGGCUUCAUGACAAAGCUGCGCCUUUUCACGCAACAAAUGGAAGAGUACCUGCUCCAAGUGUUAUCUGAAAGAGACGAUUUAUUUGAGAGGCCUGCAUUCCGUGAGACAUUGGCUCUAGAUGGGCGCGCUAAAAGAGCUGCUGCAGCUGCUGUUGCUCUCGCUGUUGAACAGCGACUAGCCGAAAGCUCAGCCGAACCAGGGACGACAGUCCCUCCGCCGGAACCGCCACUUGCUGAACCGCCGCUAGAACCAGAAGACAUUCCGGUCGAUGAUCCUGGCACUCUACCUCACGUGGUAGUGAUCUAUGUAUUCAACGCAUUCACAUGGGGUACCGAGUUCCGAAGCGGUUUGUUCGCAAGAGUUGCGACGUUAGCCGUGAUGAGAGCAUUUAACACGGUGUGUCUGCGACUUCCAUUACGUCGUAGACCGCAGCUGCAGUUGGAAAUUGUUCCGAUGGAGCAGGUUACGGAUCUACUCGGUUAUUUACCUGACUACACUAACGACAGUGGAACGUCACAGUAUCUUUUCGAAAAUAGUGGUGGUAGCGAACGUGAACAAGUUGACUGUGUAGCGGUGGAAUCUCUCAGGGCGACUGUUAUGUCCGUGUAUACUCAGCCUAGAGUUCUGACGGCUGAUUGCAUUAAAAGCGUACAAGCACGAUGUAUGACAAGGUUUGGACCUGGUAGCAGCCUUCUUGAUUCGCUAGAUGAGUGGGAGAGAAAUGGCCCGAAUGUGUUCUACAAGGUGCCAUCGAAUGCUUAUCACCUUGCACCACCACCGCUUCUCUAUCAAAAGCAUGAGAACGGAAGGAUAAUACAAUCUUCUCCCGAUGAGCAAGUAAUGUACGUUACUUAUUGUGUGAUCGGUUCUGAUUGGCUAUGUGUUGCCGUGACCGAUUCCCUGGGACGCCUCAAUGAUAACUGUCUGAUUAACUUGCGAACACGCCACGAUCAUCAUAUCUACAAAUAUCGUCAACAAACUCAAAUUCUUGAUGCAAUGAGCCGCUUAUGGACGUACAUUCUUGGCGUACUUUGCAUGGAAACACGGAAUUGGAGACUUGUUAUUGGUCGGCUUGGGCGCAUUGGACAUGGAGAGUUUAGGGCAUGGACGUACCUUCUGAACAAAACGUCUCUAAAACGUCACUCAGCCCGUCUCAAAGAAGUGUGUAGCGCAUGUGCACAAAUGCCGGGUUGUACCGGUACACCAAGCAUCCUUUCUGCGUGCCUUGUGUCUACAGAACCUGAACCCUACUUGCACAUCUUCCCUGGCUUUACUGCUACGGAUGCGUACAGUAAGAAAACUCGCUCAUCCGCACCAGAUGACACAACUGUUACUCAUAUCAUGGUCUUUCCCACUAGCGCAGAUAUCCAGCUUGGCGCAGCUGACCAACAUGCAGCUGGAGAUGAUGACUGGGAUAUGGACUUGGUUGACAUGGACAUCCCACAGGAUGGAAAUGAUCUUGGAGACGACUUCUUGUCUAGUUUGUGCAUGGACACUGGGCCACCUCAACCAAGUGCUAGUUUCAGAACUGCAGGGAAUUCAUUCUUCUCUGAAAAUACUGCUGAUGUGUCAAUGGAAAACCAACCACUAGCAACCGGUUACUAUGUGUCUACUGCUCCUGCAGCCGAUGUACCAGACUGGUUUUGGUCUAGUUGUCCGGGAGCAAAGAAUAGGACACCAGUUCAUCUGAAAUCAUCUUUACAUAUCAACGUGCCUCUUGUUCAUCAGGGUGACGAAUUUUUGCAAGGAAAGUCAGCCGUUGGUGAUAAACAGGAAAAAGAAAGCGCUCAUCCGCUGGAUAGUACUCGAACGGAUGAGGUUUUGAGGCACGUGUUGGAAACUUACAAUGCAUUGUCCUGGUUAAAUAUCGACGUUGUAUCAGGAGAGCGCCGAAGUUGUCUCCCAAUUCAUAUGCAAGCACUUAUUCGACUAUAUCACUCGGUUGGGAGACUCAUCAUGUAA